AUGUGCUUUCUCUUGUCUUCCCUUAAGGUGACCGAAACAAGGACAGGCCCUCUUGGAUGCAGUAACUAUGACAACCUCGAUUCUGUCAGUUCCGUUUUGGUUCAGAGUCCUGAAAACAAGAUUCAUCUACAAGGGCUUCAGGCCAUUCUGCCAGAAUACCUAAGGAGCAGAUUUGUGGAGGCAGCUCUCAGCUAUAUUGGCUGCCACUCCGAGGGCGAGUUUGUGUGCCGGGAUAAUGACUGCUGGUGCAAAUGCAGUGUUGAUUAUCCCCAGUGCAACUGUCCUAGUGAAGACCUGAAGGCUAUGCAGGAUAGUCUGAAACUCAUCAGAGAAUCAUGGAUGCAAGCCAACCAAGAGUUUGAAGAGUCUGAGGACUUCCAAAAUUUUGUGAGGAGAUUACCAACGUUCUAUGCUCUGAACACAUCUGCUGUGCAGUACUUUUGGAAGAUGGACCCUGGCGUUCAACAACGCUUUCAGCUGCUGGAGACUAGCACUCAACAGCUGCUCAGCAAAGCACAGCGGAUUGUCGGCAAACUCUUCAAACUCUGCAAAAGGUGUCGGACUCAGCCCAAAAUAUCUGUGCCCAGAGAGAGGCCUCUCAGCUACUGGCUGAGGUAUAUCCUCUCCAUCAUGUACUGCAGUGAGAACAAUCAGAUAGGCUCCUACAUGGAGGAAACGCGGACCUGCUCCUGUCAUUACGAGCACCCGUCCUGCCAGGGUGUUAUCCCGUGCUCCGUAGGCGACGGUCCUCACUGUGCCUCCUGCUCCUACGAGAACCGCUCUCGCUGUGCCAGCUGCAAUCCCGGCUACAUGCUGAGCCAAGGGACCUGUAGGAAUACCAUCCCGGAUUCUACCGACAACUACAUCGGGUUCGAGACAGACCUUCAGGACAUGGAGCUGCGCUACCUGCUGCAAAAGAAGGACGGGCGGAUCAGUAUUCACGCCAUGUUCAUAAGCAAUGACGUCAGACUCAACAACUGGUUCGAUCCCAGCUGGAGGAAGAGGAUGCUGUUGACGCUGAAGAGCAACAAGUUCAAAUCUAGCCACGUUCACAUGCUCCUAGGGAUCUCCCUGCAGAUAUGCCUUACUAAAAACAGCACCCUGGAACCCAUGCUGUCCGUCUACAUCAAUCCAUUCGGAGGUAGUCAUUCUGAGAGCUGGAUCAUGCCAAUUGACCAGAACAAUUACCCUGACUGGGAAAGGACCAAGUUAGACAUCCCGCUUGACUGUUAUAACUGGACCCUGACUCUGGGAAACAAGUGGAAGACCUUUUUUGAGACGGUACACAUUUACCUGAGGAGCCGUGUCAAAACGGCAUCGACUCAAGGGAACGGCAGCGUCCAUUUCGAGCCAUUGGAAUACAUGGACUCGUCCCGUAACCUGGGCUACAUGAAAAUCAACAGUAUGCAGGUGUUCGGAUAUAGUAUGCACUUUGAUCCGGAUGCCAUUCAGGACUUGAUCCUGCAGCUGGACUACCCAUACACACAGGGCUCGCAGGACUCGGCCUUGCUCCAGUUGCUGGAGAUCCGAGACCGGGUCAACCGACUCUCUCCACCGGGCCAACAACCUCUGGAUCUGUUCGCCUGCUUAUUACGCCACCGUCUUAAACUCUCUACCACUGAUGUGGUCCGAAUCCAGACUGCUCUUCAGGCCUUCAGCGCCAAGCAGCCCAACUCAAUGGAGUAUGAAACUACCAAACUAUGUAGCUAAAAAGGCACUGCAAGGUAGCAGUAUAUUUGUAGCUAUUUCAGUAACUGUAGUUAAACGGCCUGAUAUACAUUCGG